AUGGAUCCUUUAUCAAUUAUAACGACCCUGGGAGGAUGCUUUGUGGAGCCAAUCAAAGAACAUUGUGGCUAUCUGUUUCACUACGAUACCAACAUCGAGAAUCGCAGAGAUCAAAUUGAGAAGCUGCGUGCCAAGAGAAAUACGUUACUAACACAAAUUGAACAAGAUAAGAAGGAUAACAAGACACCCGCAUCUGAUCUUUUGAAGUGGGUAGACGACGCAAAAAAUAUCCUUGAUAAAGAAGACGAAGCUCCGAAGAAGUGUCUGGAAAUUGAAGGGUGGGGUCCAGAUUAUUACUUGAGUAGGAAAGCUAAGAAGAAGAGUCUGAAAAUUAAAGAGCUUCUAGAGGAAACAGACAAAUUUCCUACUAAAACCGCCUAUUCUCGUUCUCUAACUGGAAUUGGAUCUUCAUCCAGUGAAGGUAUUAAGCAUUAUGAGUCAAGAACAAAAAUGGAGGACAAAGUUUUAGAGGCACUAGCAGAUGACAAGGUCAACAUGGUUGUGAUAUGCGGUAUGGGGGGGAUAGGAAAAACAACAAUGGCAGAAGAGGUAGCGAAAAGAGCAAAAGAUGGUAAGUUAUUUGAUGAAUUUGUGAUGGCUGUGGUGUCCCGAACUCCAACCUUGGCAAAGAUUCAAGAUCAAAUUGCAGUUAUGCUAGGUCUGAAUUUUGAUAAUGAAGCUGGAAGAGCAAAGAAGUUAUCUUCAAGGCUAAGGAAUAGCAAUAGUGUCCUUGUAAUCCUGGAUGAUGUUUGGCAAGCACUUAAUCUAGGGGAUAUAGGAAUUCCUUAUGGAGGUGAAGUGAAUUGCUGCAAAAUCUUGUUGACAUCAAGAAGCGAAGAAAUCUUGAUAAAUAAGAAGAAAGUUCUAAAAAUUUUUAAAAUUGACGACUUAUCUGAAGAAGAAGCAUGGAAUCUUUUCAGAGAAGUUGCAGGUGAUUGUGUUGAUACUCCCGAUAUAAAUUCAAUAGCAAAAGAUGUUGUAAAGGAAUGCGGACGUCUACCCCAAGCUAUUGUAACAGUUGGAGCAGCGCUACAAAACAAAAGCACGGUUGAGUGGCGUGUUGCACUUAGACAACUUCAAGACUCUACCCCAGAAUGUAUUCACGGUCUAGAUACAACAGUCUAUUCCAGCAUAGAAUUCAGUUACAGUAAUUUACAAGAUGAAGCGGUCAAGUCAUGUUUUUUGCUAUGCUGUUUGUUUCCAGAAGACUGUGAUAUUCCCAUUGAAUAUUUAGUCAGAUACGGAGUGGGAAAAGGGUUGCUUGAAAUGAUUGAUAAUGUGGCAGUAGCAAGAGAUAGAGUCCAUGCAAUAAUUAAGAAUCUUCAAAGAUCCAGUCUACUGUUGGAUAGAAAGAAAGAAGAAUGUGUCAAGAUGCAUGAUGUUAUAAGGGAUGUUGCAAUAUCAAUUGCUAAAAAAGAAAAAGGUUUUCUGGUAAGAUGUACUGAUAAAAUUGAAGAGUGGCCAGAGCAAGAUACAUAUGAGCAUUCUGCAAUUUCACUAGUAUCUCAAGAAUUGAAAAAGCAUCCUGAUGGCUUGGAGUGUCCACAACUUGAGCUUUUGCAGCUAGCAUGUGGUAAAAACUGUACAAAGACACAGACGUUCCCAUCUAAUAUGUUUAAAGAGAUGAACAAACUAAAGGUUUUGUCUAUGGAGGGUAUGUCCUUUACAUCACUACCAGAGUCAAUCCUUGUCCUUCAAAACCUUCGGACAUUGCUUCUGGAUUAUUGUAAGAUAGAAGAUGUAUCAGAAAUAGGAGCACUUGGGAAACUAGAAAUAUUGAGCUUUCUUGGUUCUAGCAUCAAGGAAUUGCCAAUAGAAAUUGGAAAUCUAAGUCAUUUAAAGUUGUUAGAUCUGUCAAAUUGCUCUGCUCUUCGAAAAAUUCCAGCUGGUCUACUAUCGAGAUUAAAUUUCCUAGAAGAGUUGUACAUGUUUGGAGUCAAUGUGAAUUGGGAGCCUAUGGAUGGCAAUAAAGAGGGAGCAAUUGCAAGCCUUGCUGAACUGAAGUCUUUGUCCAAGCGUUUCUCAGCUUUAAAAAUUCAUAUACCAAAUAUUACGGUCUUGCCAAAAGACUUGCUCUUCAAAAAUCCAGAGCUAAAAUUUCAGAUAUUCGCAGGUGAGGAGGGAAAUUAUCAGGAAUUGAGCGGAACAGGUAGUUAUUUAUUUGAAAAUAGUUUGGCACUUGAAAGAAGUGACGCAAGUGAUAUUGUGGAGAGCCUGGUGCUUCUUCAACUGUUAAAGAAAUCUAAAAUCUUAUAUUUGAAACAAAUAAAAGAUUUGAAAAACAUUUUGUAUGGGUUAGACCAAGAGGGUUUUCAAUGUUUGAAGAUUUUGAGAGUUUUUGCAUGUAAAGAUGUAGAAUAUGUAAUCAAUGCCACAUCACAUCAGACUUCACACGCUGCCUUCCCUAUCCUGGAGUCACUGGAAUUUUCUGAUUUGUGCAAUUUAAAAGAGAUAUUUCAUAGCCAAUUCCCAGAGAGAUCCUUUAGCAAUUCACGGCUUGCUUGUUUUGGCAACCUCAGAUCCCUUUUGCUAUCAAAAUGCGGCUGUUUGAAAAAUGUCUUUUCAUUGUCCAUAGCGAGAGGUUUGAUUCAACUCCAACAGCUAGCUAUAGAUUCGUGUGCCAACAUGGAAGAAAUUUUCCCUAUAGAAGGAGAAGAUGAGAAGGCACUUGAUGUGAUCAGGUUUCCAGAAAUAACAUCCAUAAAGCUAUCCAUUCUACCAAAACUCUUUGGUUUUUGUACAACUCUUUAUCCAAUUGAGCCUGUCCCAUCCUUGAAUCAGGAGGUUAAAAGAAUCAGCACCGAUGAAGUGACUAGUUUUGAAAAGCACAAGAUGACAGUUAUUCAACAACAUACUGACUCAACAUCCAUCUCUCAUAAAUUCUUUUCAUCCAAGACCAUCUUGUGGCCACCGAAUUUAGAAAGACUUGAAUUCCAAGAAGACUCUUCACUAGAAGAAAUAUUUAAUCUUGAAGGACUAAAGGUUAACCAUGCAAUUCUUGCUCAAUUGAAAACUUUAAAGGUACAGGUGUUACCUAAAUUGAAGUACAUGUGGAAGAAUGUCCCACGGGGGAUGCAGGGCUUUCUAAGCCUAACAUCAAUUGAAGUAUACAAUUGUGACAGUCUAAGGUAUUUAUUACCAUCAUCUGUUGCAAAACUACUUGAGAAACUUCAAUGCAUUAAGAUAAAAGAGUGUGGCGCGAUCCAAAACAUUGUUCAGAGAGACGGAGACGAAGAGCCAGAGGAUUUCAUGGAGUUCCCUAACGUUAAUUCCUUCAAGUUAGAAGAUCUGCCAAAUCUUUUGAGUUUCUGUAUCCAUGCUUAUUCUUUUAGAUGGCAAUCCAUGAAGGAGAUCAGUCUGGGUAAAUGUCCCAAAUUGAAAACCUUUGGUUCACAAAUUCAGAGACCAAAAAAGUCAAAGAAAGCUAGCAGGACUUUUCAUUCAAUACCCCGAAAACGUGGACAUGGGUCGUCCUCGGUACGAGAUUCCCUUGGUUUUCUUGGGCAAUGCCUUGAGUGUGUUGGUAGGAAUUAUGAUCCAACAGUUGUGUCAGAUCGAGGCACCACCAAGAAUUCCAAAGAAAGUUCCUCGGUAAACAAAGAGGGUACUUCGAAUAAGUUGAAGAAUCCAGGAGCUAGUGGUAUAGACAAGCCCAAUGAGAUAUGGUCUCUUUUUCCAUCCCGUAUGAUUGAGUCCUUAAGGAAUCUGGAAUCGGUUAAAUUGUGGAGGUGUGAUUCAGUAGAAGUUAUAUUUCAACUUGAGGAACUAAAUGCUGAGGAAUCUCAUGUGGCAGUACUUGAUCAGUUGAGGGAACUGGAUCUGUCAUAUCUACCAAAACUAAAGCACAUAUGGAUGAAGGGUCCAGAAAGGAUCACGGGUUUUGGAAACCUGAGAUUCUUAGCAGUAUGGGCGUGUAACAGUUUGACAUAUUUGUUAUCACCAUCCAUAGCAAAACUGCUUGUGAUGUUAGAGGAUAUAAAAGUUAGUAACUGUGAAAAAAUUGAAGAAAUCCUUGAAAGAGCAAGAGAAGAAGAGGAAGAAAAGGAAAUUUCAUUCCACAAAGUGAAAUCAAUCUUGCUCAAGGACUUACCAAAGCUGAGGUGUUUUUGCAAUGAAGUCAAUGCAUUUAAGUGGCCGUCGUUGAAGGAAAUAACGGUAAUUAGAUGUCCAGCUUUAAGCACAUUUGUUCCAUCUGAUCUAAAUACACCUAAGCUAGAGGGAGUUUACGAUCAAAUUGAAUGGGAUCAACGACCAAUGUUUCCGUGGAAGGGAGACCUCAAUGCCACCAUACAGCACAUGUUCAAAGGAAAGGGAAAACAAGUCGAUCAAGAGACACAACAUCAAGACGAAAAUAUGUCAUCAAGAACAAAAAUGAUGAAAGAAGUUUUAGAGGCACUAAGAGAUGACAAGCUCAACGUGAUUGCGAUAUGCGGUAUGGGGGGGAUAGGAAAAACAAUGAUGGCAAAAGAGGUAGCGAAAAGAGCAAAAGAUGAUAAGUUAUUUGAUGAAGUUGUGAUGGCAGUGGUGUCCCAGAAUCAAGACUUCAGAAGGAUUCAGUUUCAAAUUGCGGAGAUGAUAGGUCUUAAUCUCAUUGAAAAAGAUUGGAUAAAAAGAGCAGAACGAUUAAGAAAAAGACUAAUGGAUAGUAAAAGUGUUCUUGUGAUAUUGGAUGAUGUUUGGGAUGCACUUGAUUUAGAGGCUCUAGGAAUUCCUUAUGGAGGUCAACACAAUAGUUUCAAAAUCUUGUUGACAUCACGAAAUGUAGAAGCCUGCGCUCAGAUGCAAACUCAGAAGAUUUUUCCAAUCAAAUUCUUUUCUGAAGAAGAAGCAUGGAAUCUUUUGAGGGAGAUGGCUGGUAAUUGUAUCGAUACUCCCGAUCUACAUUCAAUAGCAAAAGAGGUUGCAAAGGAAUGUGGAGGUCUACCUGCUGCUAUUGUAACUGUUGGAAGAGCCCUAGAAAACAGAAGUGCAUUUUUGUGGAGUGCUGCACUUCAACAGCUUAAAAAUGCUAUGCCAAAAAAUAUUCCCGGUCUUGAUUCAGAGGUGUAUUCCAGCAUAGAGCUUACUUAUAGUUACAUACUAAGUGAUGAAGCCAAGUCAUGCUUUUUGCUAUGCUGUUUAUUUCCGGAAGAUAGUAAUAUUCCCAUUGAACAUUUAGUGAGGUAUGGGAUGGGACAAAGGUUGUUUGCAAAGAUUGAUACUGUGGCAGAAGCAAGAAAUAGAGUCCAUGCAAUAGUUAAGAAUCUCGAAAGAUCAUUUCUACUGUUGGAUAGUGAGGAAGGAGAAAAUUUUGUGAAAAUGCAUGUUGUUGUACGUGAUGUUGCAAUAUCAAUUGCAGAAAAUCAUGGUUUUCUGGUAGGAUGUAAUGAUAACAUGGAAGAAUGGCCAAAGCAAGAUAAAUAUGAGCAUUCGGCAAUUUCACUUGUAUCUCAAGAAUUGAACAAUCAUCCCGAUGGCUUGGAGUGUCCAAAACUUGAGCUUUUGCAGCUAGCAUGUGGCAAAAGCCAUACAAAGGCACAGAAGUUCCCACCUAAUAUGUUUAAAGAGAUGAACAAACUAAAAGUUUUGUCAAUGGAAGGUAUGUCCUUUCAAUCACCACCAGAGUCAAUCGAUGUUCUUGAAAAUCUUCGGACAUUGCUUCUGGAGUAUUGUAAGUUAGAAGAUGUAUCAGCAAUUGGAUCGCUUGGGAAACUAGAAAUUUUGAGCUUUCUUGGUUCUAAAAUCAUGGAAUUGCCAGGAGAAAUUGGAAAUCUAAGUCAAUUAAAGUUGUUAGAUUUGUCAGAUUGCUCUGCUCUUCAAAAAAUUCCACCUGGUCUUCUAUCGAGUUUACAUAAACUAGAAGAGUUGUACAUGUUUGGAGUCGAUAUGAAUUGGGAACCUAUAGAAGGCAAUAAAGAGGGAGCAAUUGCAAGCCUUGCUGAGCUAAUGUCUUUGAACCGUUUCACAGCUUUAAAAAUUCAUAUACCAAAUAUUGAGGUCUUGCCAAAAGACUUGCGCUUCAAAAAUCCAGAGCUAAAAUUUCAAAUAUUUGCAUGUGAGAAGGGAAUUUAUAGGGAAUUGAGCGGAACAGGUUGUUAUUUAUUUGAAAAUAGUUUGGCACUUGAAAGAAGUGACGCAAGUGAUAUUGUGGAGAGUCGGGUGCUUCGUCAACUAUUAGAGAAAUCAGAAAUUUUAUAUUUGGCACAAAUAAAAGAUUUAAAAAACAUUCUGUAUGAGUUCGACCAAGAGGGUUUUCAAUGUUUGAAGAUUCUGAGAGUUUUUGCAAGUGAACAUGUAGAAUAUGUAAUCGAUGACGCAUCACAUCAGACUCCAUGUGCUGCCUUCCCUAUCCUGGAGUCACUGGAAUUGUCUGAUUUGUGCGGUUUAAAAGAGAUAUGUCAUAGCCAAUUCCCAAGGAGAUCCUUUAGCGAUACACAACUUGCUUGUUUCCACAAACUCAGAUCUCUUUUUCUAUUGAGAUGCAGCUGUUUGAAAAAUGUCUUUUCGUUGUCCAUAGCGAGAGGUUUGGUCCAACUCCAACAAUUAGUCAUAAAUUCGUGUUCCGACAUGGAAGAAAUUUUCUCUGAAGAAGGAGAAGAUGAGAACGCACUUGAUGAGAUCAGGUUUCCGCAAUUGACAUCCGUAGAGCUAUCCGUUCUACCAAGACUGAUUGGUUUUUGUCCUGUUGAGCUGGUCCAACCAUCCUUGAAUCAGGAGGUUAGAAGCAUCGGCAAUGAUGAAGUGACUAGUCUAGAAAAGCACAAGAUGACAGGCAUUCAACAGCAUACUGGCUCCUUUCCUGAAUCAACAUCCAGCUCUCAUAAAUUCUUUUCAUCCAAGACCAUCUUGUGGCCACCAAAAUUAGAGAGACUUGAAUUCAAAGAAGACUCUUCACUAGAAGAAAUAUUUAAUCUUGAAGGACUAAAGGUUGACAAUGCAAUUCUUGGUCAAUUGAAAACUUUAAAGGUACAGGAGUUACCUAACUUGGUGUACAUGUGGAAGAAUGUCCCACGGGGGAUGCAGGGCUUUCUAAGCCUAACAUCAAUUGAAGUAUAUAAUUGUGGCGGUCUGAGGUAUUUAUUACCAUCAUCUGUUGCAAAACUACUUGAGAAACUUCAAUGCAUUAAGAUAAAAGAGUGUGGCGUGAUCCAAAACAUUGUUCAGAGAGACGGAGACGAAGAGCCAGAGGAUAUCAUGGAGUUCCCUAAAGUUACUUCCUUCACGGUAGAAGAUCUGCCAAAUCUUGUGAGUUUCUGUAUUGAUGCUUAUUCUUUUAGAUGGCAAUCCAUGAAGGAGAUCAGUCUGGCCAAAUGUCCCAAAUUGAAAACAUUUGGUUCAGAAAUUCAGAGACCAAAAAAGCUAAAGAAAAUUAGCAGGGCUUUGGAUUCAAGACCCCAAAAACCUGGACUUGGGUCGUCCUCAGUACGAGAUUCCCUUGGUUUUCUUGGGCAAUGCCUUGAGUGUGUUGGUAGGAAUUAUGAUCCAACAGUUGUGUCAGAUCGAGGCACUACCAAGAAUUCCAAAGAAAGUUCCUCGGUAAACAAAGAGGGUACUUUGAUUAAGUUGAAGAAUCCAGGAGCUAGUGGUACAGACAAGCCCACUGAGAUAUGGUCUCUUUUUCCAUCCCGUAUGAUUGAGUCCUUAACGAAUCUGGAAUCGAUUAAAUUGUGGAGGUGUGAUUCAGUAGAAGUUAUAUUUCAACUUGAGGAACUAAAUGCUGAGGAAUCUCAUGUGGCAUCAGUACUUGAUCAGUUGAGGGAACUGGAUCUGUCAUAUCUACCAAAACUAAAGCACAUAUGGAUGAAGGGUCCAGAAAGGAUCACGGGUUUUGGAAACCUGAGAUUCUUAGCAGUACGGGCAUGUAACAGUUUGACAUAUUUGUUCUCACCAUCCAUAGCAAAACUGCUUGUGAUGUUAGAGGAUAUAAAAGUUAGUAACUGUGAAAAAAUUGAAGAAAUCCUUGAAAGAGCAAGAGAACAAGAGGUAGAAAAGGAAAUUUCAUUCUACAAAGUGAAAUCAAUCUUGCUCAAGGACUUACCAAAGCUGAAGUGUUUUUGCAAUGAAGUCAAUGCUUUUGAGUGGCCAUCCUUGAAGGAAAUAACGGUAAUUAGAUGUCCUGCUUUAAGCACAUUUGUUCCAUCUGAUCUAAAUACACCUAAGCUAAAGGGAGUUUACGAUCAAAUUGAAUGGGAUCAACGAACAAUGUUUCCGUGGAAGGGAGACCUCAAUGCCACCAUACAGCACAUGUUUAAAGGAAAGGGAAAACAAGUCGAUCAAGAGACACAACAUCAAGAUGAAAAUAUGUCAUCAAGAACAAAAAUGAUGAAAGAAGUUUUAGAGGCACUAAGAGAUGACAAGCUCAACAUGAUUGCGAUAUGCGGUAUGGGGGGGAUAGGAAAAACAAUGAUGGCAAAAGAGGUAGCGAAAAGAGCAAAAGAUGAUAAGUUAUUUGAUGAAAUUGUGAUGGCAGUGGUGUCCCAGAAUCGAGACUUCAGACUGAUUCAGUUUCAAAUUGCGGAGAUGAUAGGUCUGAAUCUCAUUGAAAAAGAUUGUCUAGAAAGAGCAUUUCGAUUAAGAAAAAGACUAGUGGAUAGUAAGAGUGUUCUUGUAAUAUUAGAUGAUGUUUGGGAUGCACUUGAUUUACAGGCUCUAGGAAUUCCUUAUGGAGGUCAACACAAUAGUUGCAAAAUCUUGUUGACAUCACGAAGUGAAGUAGUCUGCACUCAGAUGAAAACUCAAAAGAUUUUUACAAUGGAAGUCUUAUCUGAAGAAGAAGCAUGGAAUCUUUUCAAGGAGAAGGUAGCUGAUUCUAUUGAUUCUGGUCCCAAUGGACAUUCAAUAGCAAAAGAGUUUGCAAAGGAAUGUGGAGGUCUACCUAUUGCUAUUGUAACUGUUGGAAGAGCUCUAGCAAGCAAAAUGGUAUUUGAGUGGAGUGAUGCACUUGAACAGCUUAAAAGAGCUAUCCCUGAUAAUAUUCCUGGUCUGGAUUCAGUGGUGUAUUCCAGUAUAGAGCUUAGUUAUAGUUCUUUAAAAAGUGAUGAAGCCAAGUCAUGCUUUUUGCUAUGCUGUUUAUUUCCGGAAGAUAGUGAUAUACUCAUUGAAUAUUUAGUGAGGUAUGGGAUGGGACAAAGGUUGUUGAAAAAUAUUGAUACUGUGGCAGAAGCAAGAAAUAGAGUCCAUGCAAUGGUUGAGUAUCUUAAAAGAUCAUCUCUAUUGUUGUAUAGCGAGAAAGAAGAAUGUGUCAAAAUGCAUAAUGUUGUAAGGGAUGUGGCCAUGUCAAUUGCUGAUAAUCACGGCUUUUUGGUACAAUUUGAUUAUGAAAUGGAAGAAUGGCGAAAGAAAGAUCCAUACAAGCAUUCUACUGCAAUUUCACUUGUAUCUCGAGAAUUGAAAAGAUAUCCUGGUGGCUUGGAGUGUCCGAAACUUGAGCUUCUACAGCUAUCAUGUGGCAAAUUCACUUCAUCGACACUCAAAGACAAUUUUUUUGAAGGGAUGAACAAAUUAAAGGUUUUGUCUUUGCAAGGUAUGUCCUUUCAGGCACUACCACCAUCAAUCCGGGUCCUUCAGAACCUUCAGACACUACAUUUGGAGUAUUGUAGCUUUGACGAUGUAUCAGAAAUUGGAGCACUUGGUAAUCUAGAAAUAUUGAGCUUUCUUGGUUCUAAAAUCAAGGAAUUGCCAGGUGAAAUUGGAAAUCUAAGUCAUUUGAAGUUAUUAGAUCUGUCAAAUUGCUCCACUCUUCAAAAAAUUCCACCUGAUCUUUUAUCGAGUUUAAAUCAACUAGAAGAGUUGUACAUGUUCGGAGUCGAUGUGAAUUGGGAACCAAUGGAAAUCAAUAAAGAGGGAGGAAACACAAGCCUUGCUAAAGUGAUCGAUUUGCCCCACCAUUUGAUGGCUUUAAAGAUUCAUAUACCAAAUAUUGAGGUCUUGCCAAAAGACUUGCUCUUCAGAAAUCAAAUGAUCAAAUUUCAGAUAUUUGCAGGUGAUAUUGGGGGAAUGGAUGAUGAUUUUGUUUCUAGGGAAACCGGUCAUUAUUUGUUUGAAAAUAAGUUGGUACUUGGAAGAAGUGAUGCAAGUAAUAUUUUGGAGAGUGGGACGCUUCUUCAACUGAUAGCGAAAUCUGGAAUCUUAUAUUUGGAACAAAUAAAAGAUUUAAAAAACAUUUUGUUUGAGUUAGACCAAGAAGGUUUUCAAUGCUUGAAGGUUCUGCGAGUUUCAAAAAGUGAAGCUGUACAAUAUGUAAUCGAUGCCACAUCAUAUCAGACACCUCAUGUUGCCUUCCCUAUCCUGAAUUCCCUGCAACUCUCUGAUUUGGGUAAUUUGAAAGAAAUAGUAUAUCAUAGCCAAUUCCCAGAGGGAUCCUUAAGCCAUGCACAACUUGAUUGUUUUGGCAACCUCAGAUUUCUUGUGUUAUCGAGAUGUAGCCGUUUGAAAAAUGUCUUUUCAUUGUCCAUAGCGAGAGAUUUGGUUCAACUCCAACAGUUACAUAUAGAAAAGUGUGAAGACAUGGAAGAAAUUUUCCCAAAGGAAGGAGGAGAUGAGCAUGUAGUUGAAAAUAUCCUGUUUCCGACAUUAAGAUCUAUAAAGCUAUCCUCUCUACCAAGACUCAUUGGUUUCUGUGCUGACGUGGGUCUUGUUGAGCUUGUCCAACAGUCAUUGAAUCCGGAGGUUGGAAAAAUCGACAAUCAUGAAGUGACUAGUCUUGAAAAGCAUGAGAUGACGGACAUUCAGCAGCAUGCGAGCGUCUCCUUUCCUAAAUCAACACCCGUCUCUCAUAAAUUCUUUUCAUCCAAGACCAACUUGUGGGCACCAAAUUUAGAAGAACUUGAAUUGGAUGAAGCUAAUUCACUAGAAGCGGUAUUUGAUCUUGAAGGACUAAAGGUCGACCACCACUACCAGCAAACCAUAGUAUUUGCUGGGUUGAAAACUUUGACAGUACGGAAUUUAUAUAAAUUGAUGCAUGUGUGGAAUAAUGUUUCACAAGGAAUUCAGGGCUUUCAAAACCUGACAUCAAUUGAAGUUGAAGACUGUGACCGUCUAAGAUAUUUAUUCCCACCAUCUGUAGCAAAACUACUUGUGGAACUUCGAAGCAUUGACAUAAGAAAGUGUUCCGCAAUCGAAAACAUUGUUCAAAGAGACGGAGAAGAAGAGGCAGCAGAUAUCAUUGUGUUCCCUAAAGUUAAGGUGAUACAUCUGUAUAAAUGUCCCAAAUUGAAAACAUUUGGUUCUGAAAUUUGGAGCCCAAGAAAGCAAAAGAAAAUCAGUACUAGGGAAUCGGUUUCAAGACCCCAAGAGUCUGGACUGAAGUCCUCCUUAGUACGGGAUUCCCCUGGUAUUCUUGCACGAUGCCUUGAGUGCGUACCACGUCGAAAGAAUAAUGGCCCAAUAGUUGUGUCAGAGUCAGACCGAGGAACCACCAACAAAUCCCAAGAAAGCUCCUCGGUGAACAAAGAGGGUACUUCGAUUGCAUUGAAGGAUCCAAGAUUUUAUGAUUCUAUUGACAACCCCUCAAAUAUGUGGUCUCUUUUUCCACUCCAUAUGAUUACGAGCUUAAAGAAUCUAGAAUCAAUUUACUUGGGAUGGUGUACUUCAGUAGAAGUUAUAUUUCAACUUGAGGAACUAAAUGUUGAGGAAAGUUACAUGGCAUCAGUACUUACGGAGUUAAGGGAACUGAAUCUAUGUCAUUUAGAUAAACUGAUGCACAUAUGGAAGAGCGGUCCAGAAAGGAUCAUGGGCUUCCAGAACCUGAGAUUGUUAGAAGUAAGGGAAUGUAACAAUCUAACAAAUUUGUUCUCACCAUCUAUAGCGAAUUUGCUUGUGAUGUUAGAGCAAAUAAAAGUUCUUGAGUGUGAAAAAAUUCAAGAAAUCCUUGCAAGAUCAAGAGAAGAAGAGAAAGAAGAAGAGGUUUUGUUCUACAAAGUGAACUCGAUCUUGCUCGAGGACUUGCCGAAUCUGAAGUGUUUUUGCAAUGAAGCCAAUGCUUUUGAGUGGCCAUCCCUACAGAAAAUGACAAUAAUUAGAUGUCCCAAUUUAAGGACAUUUGUUCAGGCCAAUCUAAACACACCUGAGCUGGAAGGUGUAUAUGCAGACAAAGAAUUCAAAACACGCCAAUGGGAGGGAAACCUGAAUGCUACCAUAGAGCACAUAUACAAAGGAAAGGAAAAACAGGUGGAUCAUGAGACACAACAACAAGAGCAAAUGGUGAUCACUGAGAUUGAGGAGGAUAUGUGAUGCUGGACAAGACAUUUGGCUCAAUGAUGAAGUGAGAAUAUAUAUUAUUCAAUUGCUUACAAUGUCAAAACUUAUUGAAAGAGCUACGGUUUUCAAAGCCUAGGUGGUAUCAACUGCAUGCUUUUCAACUUCAAGUUAAUAAGAGACUAUAAUGCUGGCGUAGUUUUAGGAAGCAUUGUCACAAAGCGUAUGAAAAACCCAUCUAAAGCUUACACUCAUUUCGUGCAGGGCCUUACAUUGUUUUCUUUUCUAUAUUUGAACAUGUAUUUAAAGAGCAUUGUUAUGUGUGAAAAUAUUCUUAUUGUUUUUGUCUAUGUUCAAGAUUUUAUCCAUA